UGCAUUGUAGAUCUCGCGAGAUUUCUUCUCGAGGACGUUGGGCGCGUGGAAAGGGGAGGGGGGGUUGCGGCGAAAAAAAACUCCAGUAACGGACAGAGCACGAGACGCGUCGCUGGUGACGUCAGGAGUUUUCCCCUCAAAGUCAACAAGAACAAGAAGGAACCGGAGUUUGAAUUCUGUGGCAAUUAAAUAUCUAUCUACCUAUUUAUUUCUACAUAUUUUAAAAAAUAACAAUAAUUUCUCAAUCAUCAAAACACCGCCUGGGUGGGAGGGGAAACGAAGUCGAGCCGCGUUGCCCCCACCCCCACCCCACUCCCGCACUCCCCACCACCUCACCUCACCCAUACACCCGAAGGACAGCCGUUGAGUGUGGGUCGGUCCGGCAGGAGGAGGGUGAAGCCGGCCGGCUCGCCACUGAGUGUGAAAGUGGCUAUCGGAGUGGAAGUUGCCUUGAGGAGAGCGGUGGGAAGGGCAGAGCCAGUCCCGAAAGACGACUAACUGGGCUCGGGGGGGACUGCUAAUAUGAGUGAUAUAACUAUUGUGAAGGAAGGAUGGGUGCAGAAAAGAGGGGAAUAUAUCAAAAACUGGAGACCAAGGUACUUUCUGUUGAAGACAGAUGGAUCCUUCAUAGGAUAUAAGGAGAAGCCUCAAGAUGCAGAUUUACCAUAUCCUUUAAAUAACUUCUCAGUGGCAAAAUGCCAACUAAUGAAAACAGAACGACCAAGACCGAACACAUUUAUUAUCAGAUGUUUGCAAUGGACCACUGUCAUAGAGAGGACGUUUCAUGUGGACUCUCCUGAAGAAAGGGAAGAAUGGACAGAAGCAAUCCAAGCAGUAGCAGAUAGACUUCAAAGGCAAGAGGAAGAUCGAAUGAACUGCAGUUCCAGUCCCAAUCUAGAUAUUACAGGGGAGGAUGAAAUGGAUACCUCUCUCAGUCAUCCCAAACGCAGAGUGACUAUGAAUGACUUUGAUUAUUUAAAACUACUGGGAAAAGGCACUUUUGGAAAAGUAAUCUUAGUCAAAGAAAAAGCAACUGGGAAAUAUUAUGCAAUGAAGAUACUAAAGAAAGAAAUUAUUAUUGCAAAGGAUGAGGUAGCACAUACACUUACAGAAAGCAGAGUAUUAAAAAACACAAGGCAUCCAUUUCUAACGUCUUUGAAGUAUUCUUUCCAGACUAAAGAUCGUUUGUGUUUUGUCAUGGAGUAUGUGAAUGGUGGAGAGCUGUUUUUCCAUUUGUCGAGAGAACGAGUGUUCUCAGAGGACCGCACACGCUUCUAUGGCGCAGAAAUUGUCUCGGCUCUAGAUUAUUUGCAUUCCGAGAAGAUUGUGUACCGAGAUCUCAAGCUGGAGAAUUUAAUGUUGGACAAAGAUGGUCACAUCAAAAUCACAGAUUUUGGACUUUGCAAAGAAGGAAUUACAGACGCAGCUACAAUGAAGACAUUUUGUGGUACACCAGAAUACUUGGCUCCAGAGGUUUUGGAAGACAACGACUAUGGCCGUGCUGUUGACUGGUGGGGUCUAGGUGUUGUUAUGUAUGAGAUGAUGUGUGGCCGGCUACCUUUUUACAAUCAGGACCAUGAGAAGCUUUUUGAAUUGAUUCUGAUGGAGGACAUUAAAUUUCCGAGAACUCUUUCAUCUGAUGCAAAAUCAUUACUCUCUGGAUUGCUUAUAAAAGAUCCGAAUAAAAGGUAA